UUCCUCGAGAGAGAGAGAGAGAGAGAGAGAGAACAGAGAAACCCUAAACCCCCAUUUUUUGUACAAUCACAAUUCACAAUUCACAAUUCACAAUUCACAAUUCACAACCCAAAAGAACCUUUCAUUGCCAAAUUCUAUCUGUUGCUUGGAUCUUGACGCAGUUGUCCUGUUACAAUAUUUUCUGGGUUUUAUUGGCUUCUUCUUCAGUGAUGGCUGCAAGGAUUCUUGCCAACUUGCUUGUGGUUGGCUCAGGAGUGUUGGCCAGGGCUUUUGUUCAAGCAUACCGCCAGGCACUUACAAAUGCCUCGAAGACUGGCGUUGCUCAUGAAGCAGCACAGAGUAUUAGGAGAGCAAGCAAAACUAUGGCUGAAGGAGAGGCAAGGCAGGUAUUAGGUGUCACUGAGCAUGCAUCAUGGGAGGAGAUUGUGCAGAGAUAUGACACCAUGUUCGAGCGGAAUGCGAAAAACGGAAGCUUUUAUCUCCAGUCAAAGGUCCAUAGAGCUAAAGAAUGCUUAGAAGACGUUUACGGAAAGAAGGCUGAGGGGAUUACUGAUGCAUAACUCACUUUUUAAAUUCUGCUUGGCAUUCAUGUUAGCGAAGCCUUUGAUCUGCACUAGUCAUGGUAACUAUUGCGUGGUUGCCUGAUGCUCGUCUUUUAGCGGGAACACUAGUUCCAAUCAACAGCUAUGCCACUACUUUUAUUGUAGUAACACUGGUUUCUAUUCAUAUUGAAGAUGAAUAACAUGAGAAGCCAUCCAUUUUUUUUUUGUUUUGUUCAAUUACUAUUGCUAUUGUUCGUUUCUUUUCUACUGCAGCUUCUGCAUGAUGUACUGCACCUUGCAUUUAUAUCAAACCUUGGAAAUAUAUCUUUUCACAUUCUUGUUUGUAAUA